UGUAACCACACCCAUAUCCAAAACCAGUGACAUAUAUGUGAUUCUCAAGAGAUGGGCAAACAAAGAUCAAACUUCUCAUAAAAAUGGCAGCCAAGUUGGCCCUCUCUUCUCCCACCACAACAUUUCUAGCCUCCUCUAGCCCAUCACUGCUAUAUCCUCCUUCUUUCACUUCCAUUUCACCAAAGAGGAGGGCACACAAUUUCAAGAUUCAUGCAGAAUUGGGUGGUGGAGAUGGAGAAAUAAAAAAGGAAGGGAAGAAAAAGUUCAUAACUAGAGAACAAGAGCCAGAACAGUACUGGCAAACAGCAGGAGAAAGGGAAGGGGAAAAUCCCAUGAUGACCCCUCUUCCUUACAUCAUCAUAUUUGGCAUGUCCACUCCUUUUGUAAUCUUAGCCAUUGCUUUUGCUAAUGGUUGGGUUAAGGUGCCGGUUCGAUGAUUGGCUGCAAGUGCAGCCUGGGGAGCAGCAGCAACAACACAUGAGUUUAUAAUAUUAUUCAGUUCAUUACACCUUAGUUCUACCAUUUGAGUUCGUCUCAAAUGCUAGUUUUUUCACCAAUUUGUUUGAUACACGUUAUGAGUUUCUCAGAUAUAUUGAUCACAGUUGGGUCCUCUUGUUAUUGUUCUUGGCUAUGGUUAAGAAGGCACCACAAUGUUUGUGAAAGGAAAGAAAAACCUUUUUCUUUUCCCC